UCUUAAGUAUUGAUAUAAGUGAUGUGCGGCACAAAUAAAUUGGGCUCCGAUCAAAGGUGUGUUGAUGGAUUGAAAAGACUGUGUCUGUGCUCUUCAAAUAUUAUGGAUUUGCCAUGAACGACAGGUUUCUGCCACACCGUCAAUGCCAGUGAUCGCGUCACGCCGGCCGGGAGUCUGCCGCUGGAUGUCACGCUCGGGGGACGCGACCGACCAGUCCUCGACGCCCUCGCCGCCGCCCUCCCCGUCGCCGCCCCUCUCCCCCACCCCCUCCUCGGCCUCCCCGCGCCCCCGCCCCCCGGGGGGCGCCCUCUCGGAGGACGAGCUCGUCUCGGACCUCUCCUCGGAGGCGGAGGAGGCGGCGGCGGCGGCGGCGGCGGCCCUGGGCGGCGCCCACCUCCCUGCGGCCCCGCGGAAGGUGUUCACCAACAGCCGGGAGCGGUGGCGGCAGCAGAACGUGAGCGGGGCCUUCGGGGAGCUCCGCAACCUCGUCCCGACGCACCCGCCCGACAAGAAGCUCUCCAAGAAUGAGAUACUCCGCAUGGCUAUCAAGUACAUCCGGCUGUUGACGGGCGUGCUGGAGUGGCAGAAGGCGCAGGAGGCGUCGAUCCAGAACAACAACAACGACGACUCGGUCUGCAACCCGUACCGGAGCUGCUCGGCGCCCUCUCUGGCGGCGCGCCCGGGCAGCAACGGGGUGCGGCGCCCCAAACGGCGCUUCCCGGGCCCGUACUCCAUGCCCCCGGCCCCGGGGCCCUGUCCCCGCGAGCCCCCCGCACACCCCUCCGCCCUCAAGAGUCUCUCCGUCCUCACGACCGCCGUCAAGAUAGAGGACGAGUCCGGCGCCAUCGUCCUCAAGAAUGGAGCCCUUCUGGCUCGCCAGGAAGAAGGAUGACGUCUGAGCGUAUUUCCAACUCUCAUCUCCGGCCCGAUUCUUGAAAUUUAUAGAUAUCGCAGGCAAAUAAUGAAAUCAGGCAUUCCCUAGAAGCAGAGCUUAAUUCAAUAUAAACGAAGUAUAACCGUUAUAUAAAGAGCGUAUUUACAUGAAGAAUGUAUAAUCAAAGUAUAACGGUUAUAUAAAAUAUAUAUAUAAUGUUGGCGCCGCUAGCGUCACCAAUAUUUAGCCUUCAUUCCGUCAGCUAGGCAAGCCACCCGCAUCUCAUGUCGCGCCGCGCGCCUAGUUCCGCCGCGGCCCGCCCGAUCGCGCUGCGGGCUCUUUAUUCGCCCCUCCGGCUUUCCUUUAGAUAUUUGAAUUCUUUUCUUUAUUAUUUUGUCUGUUUCAAUAUGUAAAAGUCAUCUUUGAUUACUUCUCUCAUAAAUCCUAAAUUAUAAUACUCACCGGCGCCUUCCUUCACAACCUUUUCUCAACUCAAUCCACGCGUCCGCGUAAUUCCUUUCCAAAUCUAGUUUGACCGGUUGGCCCGUGUGCCGUAUCUAAAUAAUGCAUCACCUACCACUCUUUGGUAGCGUCUAUGGGUAUGUUCAU